GCUGGCUCCGCUGGCCCCCCGGGCGGCAGGGCUGCGCCGGCGCCGUGCGCGGCGGCGUGCGCAGGGGCUGCCAUCGCCUCCUGGGCAGGCGGGGCCUCCGCCGGCCAGUACCCGGGUCUGCUGCCGCCAGGCGACCCGGAGUGGUACGAGUGGAACCACCUCCAGUACAAGUUCUACUGCAAGCUCUGCGGCAAGUACGCGGAGGAUGGCCAUGUGCGGAGCGAGAUGCACAGGAAGAGGGCCCAGUACCCGGAGUGGUACCUGAGCAGCAGCGGCGGCCACUCCAGCAUCAUCUGGCCUCGGCGGAGCGCGCAGGCGUGGCCAUCGCAGGCGCCGGCGGCGGCCAGCCAGCCGUGGCCUGCCCCGGCGCCGCCGGCGCAGGGAGAUCCGCCGCCGCGCACGCCCUCCGACCUGCCGCCCGGGUGGUACGCCAACUGGGAGGCCAUGAACCAGACCUUCGUCUACUACCAGGUGGACGGCGUGACCGGCAAGUGGAUCAACAUGCGGUGGGAGAAGCCCUCUGGCGGCGUGCUGGCGCUGACCGACGGCGCGGCCUCUUCCGUCGCCCAGCCGGCGCCGGUGGCGGCCGCGACCGCUGCCGCGCCGACAGUGGCGGCUUCCAGCGUGGCGGCGCCGGCGCCUGCUGCCGACGGUGCUGGCUGGACGAGGCACUGGAGUCAGGAGCACAGCCGGCACUACUACCACCACGCGGGAGCAGGCGAGACGACCUGGUCGGAGCCGCCGGCCUACGAG